UGGUCGCACGCUCUUCCCCUCGGCUUCCGCGCCUGGCCCCGGCAGGGCCUUCAGCAUUCAAGAAUGACCAAAAAAAGAAAACGCCAAGAUGAUUUCCAAAAAGUAAAACUAAAAGUUGGUAAAAAGAAGCCCAAGAUAGAAAAUGCUAUUGCAACAAACUUUAAAACAAAGACGAUACAUCUGCCCGAGCAACUCAAAGAGGAUGGAACACUUCCAACAAACAAUAGAAAACUUAACAUAAAGGAUUUGCUGUCAUAGAUGCAUCACUACAAUGCUGGGGUUAAACAAAGUGCUCUUCUUGGACUUAAAGACCUUUUGUCUCAGUACCCAUUUAUAAUUGAUGCACACCUUUCAAUGACUGCUGUGUUUACAGAUAAAGAUGCUAAUGUACGAUUAGCAGCAGUUCAGCUUCUUCAGUUCCUGGCCCCCAAAAUACGAGCUGAACAAAUUUCUCCAUUUUUUCCUUUGGUAAGUGCCCAUCUCUCUAGUGCCAUGACUCACAUUACUGAAGGUAUUCAGGAGGACUCUUUAAAACUUUUGGACAUUCUGCUGGAACAGUACCCAGCUCUAAUUACUGACCAUAGCAGUAUAUUGCUUAAGAAUUUUGUAGAACUUAUUUCUCAUCAGCAGCUGUCCAAAGGACUGGUAAAUAGAGACAGAUUCCAGUCCUGGAUACUUUCUGUAAAUCCUAAUCGGAGACUCACUUCUCAGCAAUGGAGGCUGAAAGUCUUAGUGAGACUCAGUAAAUUCCUUCAGUCCUUGGCAGAUGGAUCCAGUAGUUUGAGAGAAAGUGAAGGACUUCAGGAACAAAAAGAAAAUCCCCAUGCCACUAGCAACUCCAUUUUUAUCAACUGGAAGGAACAUGCGAACGACCAGCAACACAUCCAGGUUUAUGAAAAUGGGGGUUCACAGCCAAAUGUCAGUUCACAGUUCAGGCUACGGUACCUGGUUGGAGGAGGCAGUGUGGAUGAAGGCCUGUCAUCUACAGAAAACCUGAAAGGAUUUAUUGAGAUAAUAAUUCCAUUGUUAAUUGAGUGCUGGAUUGAAGCUGUGCCUCCACAACUAUCUGCUUCUGUUGGAAAUGGUAUAGAACGAGAACCUCUACAGGUUAUGCAGCAAGUUCUUAACAUUAUUUCCCUUCUGUGGAAACUCUCUAAACAACAUGAUGAAACCCAUAAAUUGGAAUCAUGGCUUUGAAAGAAUUACCUCAGUGAUUUUGAACACCAUUUUAUGAGCCAUUUUCCAUAUGCCUUAAAAGAAAUAACCAAGCACAGAAGGAAAGAGACAAAUAAAAGUGCAAUCGUUUCAGUCCUGAGGGCCUGGCUUGACCAACGCGUGGAGGACUUCCGAGAACCCCCUCACUUCCCGUGCUUACAGAAGCUGCUGGAUUAUCUCAAACGGAUGAUGCCAGGCUCUGACCCAGAGCGAAGAGCACAAAACCUUCUUGAGCAGUUUCAGAAGCAAGAAGUGGAAACUGACAGUGGGCUUCCCAACACCAUCUCCUUCAGCCUGGAAGAGGAGGAGGAGCUGGAGGGCAGAGGGUCAGCAGAAUUCACGUGCUUCUCAGAGGACCUCGUGGCCGAGGAGCUGACCUACAUGGACGCGCAACUGUUCAAGAAAGUAGUGCCUCACCACUGCCUGGGCUGCAUUUGGUCUCGAAGGGAUAAGAAGGAAAACAAACAUUUGGCUCCUACGAUCCGUGCUACCAUCUCUCAGUUUAAUACCCUCACCAAAUGUGUUGUCAGCACCAUCCUGGGGGGCAAAGAACUCAAAACUCAGCAGAGAGCCAGAAUCAUCGAGAAGUGGAUUGACAUUGCUCAUGAACUAAUCGGCACUCUGAGAACUGCUGAGCUUGGAUUCCUGUUCUCUGCCCUUGGCAGCUACUUGCCCGACAAAUCUGUGACUGGCUGCAAGUGGCAGUGGAACUCCUUUGGGCACCUGCCUCUGCAACUGAGGCCAGUGGCCUCAGAACAUCAAGAGCUGCCCUUAAUUGACAAGGAGGCAUUCAACACAGGAAGGACAGUGAGAUCGGAGGAUGCAUCUGCUUUUCCCUGGAGAGUGCCUGCUGAGCCAACCUCCUGA